CUUCAAAUAUGGUCAAUGAAGAGCUGCAGGCAUUUUGUAGCUCAAAAUCUUUGUUAUUCAGAAAGAGUAUCCAUGUACAAGCUGCUAUGUAUAUAUUGCCCUGCAUUGCUUUUUUCUCUCUUUACAACCUUCAAAUGAGGGUGAUCAAUAUCACGUGAAGAAAGAGGAUCUAAAUCAGGUUUUUGGAUCUUAUUUUUUGACUUUUUUUUUUUUUAUCCUUACAUCUUCAUUUCCCCAUUUCACACUUUCUUGUUAACUUUGAUUUCCAACAUGCGAGAUAUGGAAAAUUUAGUUUAAAACAUCAUAAUUAUUUUAUUCAAAUAUUUAUUCAAUUUAAAAGAUUUAGUGUUUUUACUUAUCUAAACCUGUCAAUCCCAAAUGAUAAAAUAUUAUCUUGGUGAAUUUAAGCAUUCUCCCUUUGAGCUCUACAUAAAGUAAGGAGAUAAAAACCCGAUACAAAACCGAGUAUAUACAUUUCGAGCACAAUACCUCCACUAUUUGAGGGUUUAAUCAACUACUAAAAAAAUAAUAUUUUCAAAACUUCUCUAAAUAAGAGACUCGACCCCUCAACAUUUUUCAUACACCAUCACCCAAUUAGUCCUAAAAAUAAUUUAUAUUUUACUCUCUUUUUUGUUUUGUUUUUGUAGUUACCACUCUUUAAAUAUAUAUAUAAUAAAAAAUAAAAGCUAUGAUAUGUUGUAUUAAAAUAUGUCAUGAAUCUUCUUAUGUUUUGUAAAUUCAGAAUUUAAAUUUUUACUUUUAUUUUAGAAAUGUAUUCUCUCUAUUUUUAUAUUUCAAAAUCUAAAUUUAACUAUUAAUACUGUUAAAGUUAUUUUGUUGAAUUAAGGUUCAUUACUGACGUUAUUUUUAAUUAUAUUAUUAUCGAGUGAAAUUUUUUAUUUCAAAUAUCAUACUAACAAAUUUAACAAUGUUAAUAAUUAAACUUGAAUUUUAAAAUUUAAAAAAUAAAAAAACAAAAUUAAUGGAAAUAAAAAUAUAAGGACUAACAUUUAAAUUUGUGAAGAAUACAUGGACCUAUAUUACAUUUUAACCUAUUAAUUAUUACAAUUGAUGGGUAGCCCCCAAACUAAUGGUCUAACAAACAUGUUUAAUUCCCAUCAGAAACAUCUAGAUUUUGAUAUUUAAAAAAUAAAAAAUAAAAAAUUUAAAUUUUGUAAAUAGGUUAAAAUUGCCAAAUAUUAUAGUUUAUUUAAUACAAAUCACCUGCUCACUCCACGUGUGCAAAUACUAUUAGUCGGUUUAUAUCAAACACGAACUUCUUCAUCAAGAAAAUCAAACGGUCGUCAAUCUCCAACAUAUGAAACGGUUCAGAUUUAAAACACCUUCAGUAAACGGUCUAGAUUAAAUCUAACGUGUACACACUCACGCCCUCUAUAGCCACAAAACCCGAUACUAAGAGCUUCAAAGAAAACAAGUCAAACAACACUCAAAUCUUACAUUUCUCUGUUUUUUUUUUCUUUCAAUAUUCAAAAACGUUUCAAAGCGAGUAGUUGGUAUUUUUUUUCUUUUAAGAAUUUGUGUGGAAAAAAAAAAGAAAAAAAAAUGGCUGAGCACGAAGAGAAGAAGCACGAGGAAUCUUUGAUGGAAAAGAUAGCGGAGAAGAUCCAUGGUCAUGAUUCAUCGUCAUCGUCGUCGGAUUCCGAUGACGACAAGCAAUCGGAAUCUUCGAUCAAGGACAAGGUGUUUCGUCUCUUUGGAAGAGAAAAGCCCGUCCACCAUGUUUUCGGUGGAGGCAAACCGGCCGACAUUUUACUGUGGAGGAACAAAAAGAUCUCAGCAGGAGCGCUUGGUGUUGCAACUGUGAUAUGGGUUUUGUUUGAAUUGCUUGAAUAUCACCUGCUCACUCUAGUGUGUCACUUGUUGAUACUUGCUCUUGCAUUGCUCUUCUUGUGGUCAAAUGCUACUCAGUUCAUCAACAAGUCUACACCGCAUAUCCCGGAAGUUCAAAUCCCUAAGGAACCAGUUUUAGAGUUUGCCAUGGCACUUAGGUUUGAGAUUAACCGGGCUUUCGCUGUCCUGCGGGAUAUUGCAUUAGGAAGAGAUCUUAAGAUGUUCCUCUCUGUUAUUGCUGGAUUAUGGGUCUUGUCUAUUGUGGGAAGUUGGUGCAACUUCUUGACGCUGUUCUAUAUAGUCUUCGUAGUACUUCACACUGUACCUGUGCUGUACGAGAAGUAUGAGGACAAGGUGGAUCCCUUUGCCGAGAAAGCAAUGCAUGAGAUUAAGAAGCAGUAUGCAGUGUUUGAUGCAAAAGUUCUAAGUAAGAUUCCUAUGGGACCGUUAAAGCAAAAGAAGAAGGAUUAGUUUACCGGUCAGGAUGUUGAUGCUGCUAGGUUCAGAGGACUGUAUUUCAUGAAGUUGUUGAGUUUUAUCCAGUAUCAGUUAGAAUCCUGCUUUUAUCCUUUUCUUUUGUAGUAACUGGGUUCAAAAUGAUGAUGAAUAUGGAAACUUUUUUUUUUUCUUAACAUCUUUGGUUCUGCUGUCAUACAUGGGAGCUGUCCCAUGGAUUUAUAUGCUAUGUGAGACAAUAUGUUAUUUUAUUGCAUGUUGAUUAAUGGAUUGUACACCGAAUUGCAAGUUCUUUGGAA